CUCUAAAAGGCAAGCUUGCUUUUCAGGGCUUAAUGACGUUUAUUUUCUUGUAGAAGUUUUCAGUAUAAGAGAACUGUCGGGGGAGCUGGUUCCCAUUUGCCCACAUUCUGGUGAGUGGUGGGCUACAGGGGCAGCCCAGGACCUCCCUCCCUGCCUCCUCUCCAUGUCUUUUUCUGUUUGGUGGUCACUGAAGGACUGAGUCAGCCCCUCCCUAGAGCAGAAAGGUACUCCUCAGCACAGACAGGACAGCCCCUUGUGUUGAACCUGGUUUGUCUGAUGUUCUCUUUGAGCCAACCCUUGGCUGAGCUCUGGCCCCUGCUCCCUGGGAGCUCACAGCCUGUUAGUGGAGAGUCGUGGAAGCAUACAAGGUUCUGAGUGUGAGUUCUAUCAUGGUGCGAGUGGGCUGGAGGAACUCUUGGAGUCUUGGUGCCUGUCGGGGAAAGACAGGGAGGGGAUCUCUGAGCCCCAUGUUUCUUUUUUUCAAUAUUGUUCUUUGGCUGUGCUUUGGUCUUCAUUGCAGCGUACGGACUCUCUCUAGUUACAGUGCAAGGGCUUCUCAUGGUGACACGCGGGCUCUCUAGUUGCCCUGUGGGGUGUGGAAACUUCGUUCCCCCACCAGAGAUAGAACCUGCGUCUCUUGCAUUGCUAGGCGGAUUCUUAAGCACUGGAUCACCAGGGAAGUCCCAGGCCUCAUGGUUUGCAGGAGGAGUGUGGCAAACAAGAGGGAAGGGCAGCCCUGGUGCAGUGUGUAAGGCUGUCUUUUCCUCGUUUGCUUGUGUUGCUUCUUAGAUUGCUGAUAAGUUGUCUCUGUCCGCUGAGUCUCCUACGUGUCAUCGCCAGCUCAUCCAUGUAGGAGCCCGGUUCAGUCGCCCAGUGAGCUCCAUCCAUACUGCCAAAGGCGGCGCUCAGGUCUUGGUCUUUCUUGACUGUUGUUGGCGUCUGAGGUCAUUCCGGGUUGGCAGGCUGUCACUGUAAAGGGCCAGUUAGUACAUAUCCGGGCUCUGCAGGCUGUGAGGUCUCUGCCGCGGCUGCUGCCCUCUGCCUCCUAGAAGCAGCCACAGACCAUACCUAAGUGAUUGGGCGAGGCUGUGUUCCAGUGAAACUUGACUGACAGGGACGGGUAACAGUCAGCCCUGAGAGAGCUCACCGGGCCCUCCCCGCCUCCUGACUUCUCCGCCGUCACAGCUCUUCAUCGUCCUCAGCUGCAGCUGUCGCCGGGCCUCCGGGCCCUGUCCUAGCCUCUCUGUUCUCGUCUGUCUGCCCGGCUUCUCCCGGUCCCCCUUUCCAGCCCCGUCCUCUCUCUGAGCUCCAGGCCUCGGUGUCCAGCUGUGUGUCCAGCAGGGAGCUCACAGCGGACACAUCCAGCCCCAGGCUCCUGGGGUCCCCCCAUAAACCAGCCCCUGCCCUUGUGUCUGUCCAUCUGCGGCAGUUUCAUGCCCCAGUUCCUUGGGCCAAAGCUGGCGUCAUUCCUCGUCUCGUCUCCUGCCCUCACCUCCUGUAUUUGGUUCGUUGGCAAAUCCUGUCAUCGCUGUUUUCACGUGGUGCGCACAGUCUGACAGCUGUCACCGCCCCCGCACCACCGCCUCUGUCCUCUUAUCUUCAGCUCACGCCACCCGUAGUCCCCACCCAGCGACGCAGCCAGAGACGUUUGUGCUGUCAAGGUCUGCUCAGAUGCUCCUGUGGCUUCCCCUUCUUGGGCCUGACGGGCCCCCCUGCCACCUGGCCCUGCCUCUGACGUGGACCACACGCCCCCAUCACUCACUUUGCCUUCUCAAAAGUUGCCUUCUCCUUUUCCCGAUGGCACAGUCUAAAGCUUCAGAGCCUCCCACCCGAAUUCCUCACAUCCCUGCUUUACUUGCUAGAGCCUCUUAGCACUUUUCAGCAUUCCAUAUACUUCAUUGACGUGCUUUUCUCUUGUCGGAUUCUCUUACCAGAAAGUACAUCUGACACAGGCAGGAGUUUUCAGUAGUUUUGCCCCAGUGCCUGAUGCAGUAAGUAUAUGGUGGAUGAAUGUGUGAAUGUAGUCUUAUUAAAGUGCUCGUGGAAGCCAGUGUUUCACUAUUUAAUAUAGUGUCACAAUAGUAAUUUUUAUACGUAGAAUAUGCAUUGUCUCUGAUUAUUUCCUCUAAGUAUAUUCCCAGAAGUUUUUCUUACCUUGUGGAUUAAAGUUCACCAAACUUACAUGAAAGCAAAAUGCUUUAAAAAUUAUAUGUGGGUGAAGUGGCAGUACGGCCUCAAAAGCUAGAAUUCUAGUUUUUACUUUUUUACUAAAGAAAUAAAGUAAAUGUCACCAAAAUAAUUUAUUACCAACUUUUCAUUUGUGCACUUGAAAAAUUACCUGAAUUGAACAAAAAAAAAACCCUGUUUAAUGUAUUUUUUCUAUAAAAUAUUACUUUCUAUUCAUCUUUUCUUGUAAAAUAUUAGCACAAUAUUUUUCUGUGAGGAUAAGCUUGCUUUUUAGUUUUUAUCUGUUUGUUUUUGAAGUCCGUCUCAUCUUUAUUAUGACAGCGCUAAGGCAUUGGAUCACAUUCUUAUAUGAGGUACAGAUUCUAUACCUGUGUCUUUUCUCUGGGUGUAGUGUGACUCUGUGAAACCCAUUUGAAAAUUUACACGUCUGUGUGAUGGCAAGAGGAAUGAGAACAGGACCUGCACUUUCUCGUCCUCACGUGGAGGGAGCUGGGGAGCUCUCUGGGGCCUCUUCUAUAAGGACACUCACCCCAUUCGUGGGGAGAGGGGUUUCCCACAGUCCCUGUCUCCAAGUAAUCCAAUCACACGGGGCAUUGGGAUCUCAGCACGUGACAGGUAGGGGGACAGAAACAUUCAGAUGGAGAACUAACCAGAGUCGUUAGUCCUGUGUAUGAGGAGCCGUCUGUAGAAAUUGGGAAAAGAGCUUCAGAGGAUGUGUACUCACUCUGACACAGGGCCCCUCUGGAACAUGGGGUUAGAGAGGUGGGGAAGGGACGUUUCUUAUCAAGGAAAAAAAUGAAGCCAGAAAAACCCAGUUGCCAAGUACAAGAAAAUAUUUGAACUUGUAUUCUUCUCCUUAAGGGCCCCCAAAUUCCAGUUUUACCAAAGACAAAGUAGUGACAGAUGCUAAAAAAACAGGCAACAUUUUCUCUGGCUCUAGCUUAAAAAGUUACUAUGAGGGUGCAGUAGUGUAUGCAUCUGUGGUAUAUACAGCAAUAUGCUGUAUAAAGAUACAGUGAUUUGUGUACAGUUGAUACGCUACAUACACUGUAUAUGUUUUGCUUCAUUUAGUAAGGAAUAUCUGAAAGAUGUUUGAAUAUUGGGGUGAAAAAAAAAGCGUAAGGCUUGCCAGCCAAGGAGCAGGAAGACUUAGAAUGGAAGAUUGGAAUCUGCAAAAACCUAUCUUUUAGAACUGGGUCAGAAAAGAAGCAGAAAAGUAGCCCCUGUCUGAGCACCUGUGCCUUUGAACGCAGUUGAAAGUAUCUACCAAAAAAGUAUCUUCAUUGAAAUGUUUUGUCUUUUAGCUUGUUUCUAAACCACUUUAUUGAGGCAAGAUUGACAGAUUUUUAAUACGUAUGACUCUAUGAAUAUGAGGAUAAGUAUACACUCACAGAACCCUUGUGACCCGUCUUUACACAGUCUGGUUAAAGAUGUCUUCAAAGCUUGUGUGAGUUAGAGAACAUGUGGUUUUGUAGUGUUCCACAGAUACCAGACCUCCAAGGGGCUUUGUGUUCCCAGUAAAACGAUGUCAGUCUUCAGGUGGAAAGGGUGGGCCUUGGUCAGCGUCGCCACAGUGUUUCUGAAGCACCUCACGUUCUGAGUGCCAUGCUCAUGACGUGGGUCACAUGGGUUUAUUUCCCCAUUCUUUUUUCUCUUUUUUUCCCCAGAGAGGAAGAAGGACUUGUUACUACCUGCAGGAAGUCAGGAACACUGGGGAUUUUUCCCACAGCAUGUCUCUGUGUCCCCACUCUUGUGCUGAUCCAGACCACUUGACUGUCCUCACAGUAGAAAAGGCUCUGGGACCGGUUGUGCAUGGGACUGGGACAACUCAGCCUCCCUUGUUUAUUGUUUGAAUUGACGUCCCAUAUUUCACUUGUGUACCCCCGUCACCUGCACAAGAUUGCCACUUCUUCACGGAGCCCGCUGACGUUCGGCGACGUGGCAGUGGAGUUCUCCGGGGAGGAGUGGGCCCGGCUGGACUCGGCCCAGAGGAGCCUGCACCGGAGCGUGAUGCUGGAGAACUACAGGAACCUGGCCUCGCUGGGGCUUUGCAUGUCUAAGCCCGAGAUGAUCUCGUCGUUGGAACAGAGGAAGGAGCCCUGGGCUGUGAAGAGAAAGUCAACCAGAGGCAGGUGCCCAGACUCGCAGACUGCGCUGAAGACCCAGGAGUUGCCUUCAGAGAAGAACUUCAGUGAAGAGGCGCUGUCCCAGGAGGUGCACACGGAGAGACCCGCGGAGCGCGCCAUCCUCGGGGAAGGCUGGGCUUACGCCGCUGUGUGUGAGGGGGCGUCUGGCAUGGUGGCCGUCACAGACGUGGCCUCAGACGUCUCGCAGCAGCCAGACCCCGCCGCGGAGAGUUUCUGUAGGAGCGUGGUGUGGCAGCACCGCCAUCCGGGGACAGGAGGCCAGCAGUCUAUACAGGAGACCCAGGAGUUACUUCAAAAUCACAGUCGCUUUGCUGAAGUGGUGACGGACAGAACUUUAGACACUAAUGUCAAGUGUUCCACGCUCAGCGGAAGCUGGGACGCUGAGGGUCUGUUUGAACGGAAGCUGGCAGGUCAGGAGACACGGCUUGGGCAGGAGGCAGUCGCUUGCCACACAACCCUCUCUGAGGGGAGAGAUUGUCCGUAUCACAGACCAGGAAGGUGGUUCCACCUGGACAUCUCAGAAGAGCGGGUCCACCGCCGUGACUCGGUUAAGAAAGCUUUGCCGCCAAACUCAGUGCUGAUAAAACAUGCGGGAAUCUACACAGGGAAAAAACUCUUCAAAUGUCAUGAAUGCAAGAAAACCUUCACACAGAGCUCGUCCCUCACCGUCCACCAGAGGAUCCACACGGGCGAAAAGCCGUACAAGUGUAAGGAGUGCGGCAAGGCCUUCAGCAACGGCUCAUCCUUCGCCCGCCACCAGCGGUGCCACUCGGGCAAGAAGUUGCCAGUUGAAACCAUCCUCCGGCUCCAUGCGCCUGCGCGCUCCACGCACCCUGUGACCCCGCCCACUAUCGACCACCGCUCCCGGGGCCUCAGCUCGCUGAGCCUGACAGCUGCGCCUGCGCACUCCGAGCGCGGAGACGGUUCCCAGAAGCCCCGGGGACUCCGCUCCCUUCAUGGAGAAAGCCGGCGUCCCUGGUGGGACUACGUUUCCCAGGGGCCCCUGUGCUGUGAGCGCUCGCCCACGUCUGGCGAGGACUUGAAGCCCCGACCGAGUCUGGCCGGUUCUGAGGAAGAGUCCCGUCCGGUGGCGACCGCUGCUGAGCCGGGCCCGGGGAGGCGCCACGGGGUCGGCGUUUCGGUCUGCGCGCGGGAGGGCGAGAGUCGUGAUCGUGCGCGCGUGACUUGGCGACCGCGACCGAAGUGCGUGGAAGGUGUGACCGGGAAGAGGCGGCGGCAGCGUGUACUGGAACGAAUGAAGGAUUUUACGUGGCUGAGAGCUGGAAACGCCCCCGGAGGAGACCAUCCCACUCCAGUCCAGCACGCCCGACUCUCCCACCGAAAGUUCGGUGUGGCCCAAAGCCUUGGAAUCUUGGGAAGGUGCCCGGUCGGGGCACCUUCUUGCCUGAAGCCUUUCUUGCCUGCCCGCCUGGAGGAUGUGGAAAUCGGGACACCAUACAUGUCCACGGGCCUGAGUAUGGAGGAUGCAGUGACUUUCACGGAUGUAGCCGUCAACUUCUCCCAAGAUGAGUGGGAAUGGCUGACUCUUGCUCAAAGGACUCUGUACAAGAAAGUGAUGUUAGAGAACUACAGCAACCUGGCUUCACUGGGUCUUUGCGUUUCUAAACCAGAUGUGAUCUCCUUGCUGGAGCGAGAUAAAGAACCCUGGACGGCGAAAGGAGAGUUGACAGGAGGCCCGUGCGCAGGUCUUUGCGUUUCUAAACCAGAUGUGAUCUCCUUGCUGGAGCGAGAUAAAGAACCCUGGACGGCGAAAGGAGAGUUGACAGGAGGCCCGUGCGCAGACUUGGAGUAUGUGUGGAUGAAAAAGGAAUUAUCUCUAAACCAGGACAUCUAUGAGGAACAAUUAUCUCAAGCAAUGAUAAUGGAAAGACUUACAAGCUAUGACCUUGAAUGUUCCACAUUAGGGGAAAACUGGAAAUAUGAAGACCUGUUUGAGAGGGAGCUGGUAAGUCCAAAGAGACAUUUUAGGCAAGAGACAGUCAGUCAUAUAAAUACCCUUAUUGAGAAAGGAGACCACUUUAAUAAAUCUGGGACAAUUUUUCAUCUGAAUACAUUAUGUUAUAUAAAACAGGUAUUUCCCAUCAAAGAGAGAAUAUGUAAUUUUGACACAGGUAAGAAAAGCUUAAAGACACAUUCCUUUGUGCAAAAAGACAAGCAGGUCUACGGAGGAAAGAAACUCUUGAAAUGUAAUGACUGUGAGAAAACUUUCAGCAAAAUCUCAACUCUUACUCUUCAUCAGAGAAUUCAUACUGGAGAGAAACCCUAUGAAUGUCUCGAAUGCAGAAAAGCCUUUAGCCAGAGUGCCCACCUUGCUCAACAUCAGAGAAUCCACACAGGAGAAAAACCCUUCAAAUGUACCGAGUGUGGAAAAGCAUUCAGCCAGAAUGCCCAUCUCAUUCAACAUCAGAGAGUUCAUACUGGAGAAAAACCCUAUCGGUGUCAGCAGUGUAACAAAGCCUUCAGCCAGCUCGCACAUCUUGCCCAGCACCAGAGAGUUCACACUGGAGAGAAACCCUAUGAAUGUAUCGAGUGUGGGAAGGCCUUCAGUGAUUGCUCAUCCCUGGCUCAUCACCGAAGGAUUCACACUGGAAAGAGGCCCUACAAAUGCAUUGAGUGUGGGAAGGCCUUCCGGCAGAACGCUUCUCUUACACGUCAUCGAAGGUACUGUCACACUGGAGAAAGGCCCUUUGAUUGCAUUGACUGUGGGAAAGCCUUCACCGAUCACAUAGGACUUAUUCAGCAUAAGAGAACUCACACUGGAGAGAGACCCUACCAAUGCAAUGUAUGUGGAAAGGCUUUUAGCCAUGGCUCCUCCCUGACCGUCCAUCAGAGAACGCAUACAGGAGAGAAGCCCUAUGAAUGUAGUAUCUGUGAGAAAGCCUUCAGCCAUCGUGGCUCGCUCACUCUCCAUCAGAGAGUCCAUACUGGAGAGAAACCCUAUGAAUGCAAGGAAUGUGGGAAAGCUUUUCGGCAGAGCACGCACCUUGCCCACCAUCAGAGAAUUCAUACUGGGGAGAAACCUUACGAAUGUAAGGAAUGCAGCAAAACCUUCAGCCAGAAUGCUCAUCUCACACAGCAUCAGAAGAUACACACUGGAGAGAAACCAUAUGAAUGUAAGGACUGUGGUAAGGCCUUCAGUCAGAUUGCUCACCUUAUUCAGCACCAGAGAGUUCACACUGGUGAGAAGCCUUAUGAAUGUUUUCAAUGUGGGAAGGCCUUCAGUGAUGGCUCCUAUCUUGCUCAACAUCAGAGACUUCACACUGGCAAAAGACCCUAUGCGUGUCUCGAAUGCGGGAAGGCAUUCAGACAGAGGGCAUCCCUGAUCUGUCACCAAAGGUGUCACACGGGCGAGAAGCCUUACAAAUGCAACAUCUGUGGAAAAGCCUUUAGUCAUCGUAAAUCCCUUACUCUGCAUCAGAGAAUUCACACAGGAGAGAAACCUUACGAGUGUAAGGAAUGCAACAAGGCCUUCAGCCAGAUUGCCCAUCUGACGCUGCACAGGAGAAUUCACACUGGAGAACGGCCGUAUGAGUGUAAAGCAUGUGGAAGAACGUUCAGGCAGACUGUACAUCUUGCUCACCACCAGCGAAUUCAUACUGGAGAGAAGCCAUAUUGCUGCAGCGAGUGCGGCAAGGCUUUCGGCCGCAGCUCGUCGCUGACGAAGCACCAGCGCAUCCACACCGGCCAGAAGCCCUUCCCGUGCAACGCGUGCGGGAAGCAGUUCCUGGAGCGCUCGUCACUGACCGUCCACCGGCGCGUGCACACGGGCGAGAAGCCGUACGCCUGUGGGGACUGCGGCAAGGCCUUCAGCCAGCGCAUGAACCUGACGGUGCACCGGCGCACACACACCAGCGAGAGGCCGUACGCGUGCGGCGGCUGCGGCAAGGCCUUCCGGAAGACCUCGUCCCUGGCCCAGCACGAGAGGGUGCACACGGGCGAGAAGCCAUUCGCGUGUGGGGACUGCGGCAAGGCCUUCAGCCAGGGCAUGCACUUGGCGGUGCACCGGCGCACACACACGGGCGAGAAGCCAUACGCAUGCGGGGAGUGCGGCAAGGCCUUCAGCCAGAGCUCCUACCUGAUCCAGCACAAGCGGCUGCACAUCAGCGUGAAGCCCUUCGAGUGCGGCCGCUGCGGCAAGGCCUUCAGCAAGAACUCGGCCCUGACGCAGCACCAGCGCCUGCACACCGGCGAGAAGCCCUACGCCUGCCCCGUCUGCAAGAAGCACUUCACGGGCCGCUCGUCGCUGGCGGUGCACCAGGGGCCCUACGCCUGUGGCGAGUGCGUGAAGGCCUUCGGCCAGAGUGCCUACCUCAUCGAGCACCAGCGCAUCCACAUGGGCGAGAAGCCCUACCUGUGCGCGCAGUGCGGCAAGGCCUUCAUCAAGAACGCUUCGCUCACCGCGCACCAGCGGAUCCACACCGGGGAGAAGCCCUACGCCUGCCGCGAGUGCGGGAAGACCUUCAGCCGGAACACCAACCUCACGGGGCACCUGAGGGUCCACAUCUAGGGAGGCUGGGCCCCCCCAAUCUGCACCAGACCAAAAAACCCACGCGGUCCCGCUCCUUGUGGCCAUUUGGGACUUCCAUCCUUGGGGACGCAGGGCUGGUCAGAGCCGGCUGCCAGCCCACGAGCAUUCCAGCCUGGAGGAGGUGAGUCCGAUCCAUGUCUCAGCGCCCGGAGGAGAAGCGGCCCAGUGUGUCCCCUCAUGUGCCUCGUGGUUCACAGCCGGCUCCCCUCAGACCUACGUGGCGGCUGGGAGAUGU